UUAAAUUAUUUAUUCGAGGAAAAGGAAUGUCAGGAGUACUAAUCAUUAAUGGAGCAAGUCAAUCACCAAAAUCACCGAUACCGAGGGGCAUACUUGCAAAAAAGAUUGUGUGUGUGUUUUAUUUUAUCGGAGGACUUAUUGUUCAUUGCAAUUUUCGGCUCGGAUACAAGUGGGGUCAAUUUUCUCAAAUCGAUAUUUGUGGGUAUACCUACUGCUCUACCCAGCACGGUAAAUUCCUGUUCAUGGCCGAAAACAUUCAUUCUUGACAACAUUGCAAACUUCACCACGAAGAAAUGAAACACAAUUCCGGAGUGUUCAGGGCCACUUGAAGGAAAAGCGGACCAUUCAAUAGGCCCGGUUCUCACUUGCGAAGCAACCAUGAGACUAUGGAACCAGAUCCGAGUUCUGCAUUUCCGAAACUCGUGCAUCAGGAAGCACCAAUGGAUAUCGUCUCUUUUCGAAGUCCUCCUUCCUGUUGGUAUCUUCUGGCUCUUGGUGUACGUCAACGCCCGCAACAAGAUAGAUCGUAUCGAGAGUGAAGAGGCCGUUUACAGGACUUUCAAUCGUUUUACGAUGAUGGAGAGAAGUUUUUUAGACUUCGGGUCGACGAUGUAUAUCCGUUAUACUCCAGAGACAACAGCCACGCGGACCCUGAUGAAUGAGAUGAUGUUGGUACUACGGGCGGCCAUCCCCAAGGACGAAACUAUGGCGUUCAACGUGACUAGCGCUGCCUCGGAUGCAGGUAUGGAGGACUUUUUCUUCAAAUCGUUUGGCUUAGGGAAUUACUGGGCACUCCGAGCUCCAGGAUUUGGUAUCUACUUCUCAAAUCUCAACCCAAAUAAACCUAACGAACUGCCGAAUGACAUUGAAUUCACAAUUCGGCCUGUGAGUGACAUGUUCAGGACGGCCGAGUUAUUCAGAUCGCCCGACUUCCUGUUUGGAGGUAAAUCAGGCACAUCAGUUUACCAGAACUACGGAUUUUUAGCCAUUAAUUGGGCACUGAAUGAAGCAUUCCUAAGACUAAGUGUUCGGGACGCAUCUACGUUACCAAAGAUCUUCAUUAAGGAGUUCCCUGUUCCCGCUUCGAGUAUAGACCGACCAAUUUAUAAUUUAAUUAACUUUAUACCUACCUGUUGUAUUUUCAUUAUCCCGCUUGUUCUUUUUUUUAUACUAAAGAACGUUAUUUCUGAGAAGGAAACUGGAGCAAAAGAGCUCAUGAAGAUGAUGGGCUUAAAGAGCUGGAUGAACUGGGUUGGUUGGACGAUGGCUGUUCUCAUGACCCAACUUCUGGUCAUUACCAAAUGUGUUGCUCUCCUCGUCAUCCCUGUUUUUGGGCCUGCAAUACUCCAGUCUUCAAUUACUCUCAUUUGGGUCUUUCUCAUCUUGUACCUUUUUGUCGCCAUCAGCUUUUCGUUUCUUAUGUGCCCAAUUUUCAAGAGACCAACUUUGGCCAUAUGCAUUGCUUUCAUCCUUUGGGGAGCGACAGCUUAUAUGAAGAUAACCAUUAAGGAGAGUUCGCCAUUUCACCUUAUUAGCUAUGUCUCGCUUUUGUUACCCAACUUGGCUCUUGUGCGUGGUUGGGAGACCAUCAGUUACUUUGAACCAAGAGGUGGUGCAUGUUGGUCCGAUUUCUUCACCAAGCCGGCCGGUUCAGAUCUCCUGCCUUUAUCGAGGGUUUUUGGGUGCUUCCUAUGGCAGUGCCUCGUAUUUAGCAUCCUUGCCUGGUAUUUGGAUGCUCUCAGGCCUGGACCUUAUGGUAUUCCCAAAGGUUAUCUUUUCUUUUUAAAGAAGUCUUAUUGGGUGACAACCAGGACAUACGAAGAAAUGGAUGACUCAAGUCUCACCAACAAUAAAAAUUUUGAGCUCGUGCCGCAAAAUCUGAAACCAGGAAUACAGGUUCGCGGCCUGACAAAAUCAUUUCAGAAGUUUGUGGCUGUGAACAACAUUUCUGUGAAUUUUUACGAGGGGGAAAUAACUGCAUUGUUAGGUCACAACGGUGCCGGCAAAACAACAACGAUGUCCAUGCUGACAGGUAUGAUCCCUGCUGACUCUGGAAAAGUGAUCGUCGAUGGAUAUAACACAUUUGAAAACAUGGAGGAAUUUCGUCAAAGUCUAGGGCUUUGUCCACAACACAACCUGUUGUUUAGCUUUUUGACAACGCUUGAGCAUCUGAUAUUUUUUGGACUGCUGAAGGGCUUAUCACGGGAACAAGCACAUUCCGAGGCCAUGCACUUAAUGGAACUGCAAAACAUCAGCAACAAAGCUAAUGUUUUGCCCGACAAACUUUCUGGUGGAAUGAAAAGAAAGCUCUCUCUAGCGAUAGCUCUGAUUGGAGGUCCAAAGAUUCUGAUGCUAGACGAACCAACUUCCGGUAUGGACCCAGAAUCACGGAGAGAGAUGUGGAAUUUACUUUUGAGCAUUCGAGGUGAACGCACGAUUAUCCUAACGACGCAUUUUAUGGAGGAAGCUGACGUCCUAGGGGAUAGAAUUGCAAUCAUGGACCAUGGCAAUAUCAUGUGUUUUGGAACUUCAAUCAUGCUGAAGAAUUUAUACGGCGCAGGAUACUAUCUGAAUAUCUUGAAAAAACGAAACGCAAUUGUUGAUCGAGAUCUACUCACUUCGGCCAUUCGAGAGUUCGUCUCCGAAGCAAAGCUGAAGAGUGACGAAGGACCAAAAUUGACCUACGUUUUACCUAUAGAGGCCGUAGACUCUCUUCCCGACAUGUUUGCUCACCUCGAGUCGACGAAAGAUACGCUCGGGAUUGCCACCAUAUCUGUUGCCUGCACCACCCUCGAAGAAGUUUUCCUCAAAGUUGGAGAAAUAGCUGAAGGGGAGAGGCGCGAUGCUGAAAAUGGCAAUGCAAACGGCCAGGAAAGCAACUACUACCAAAUCCACAAUGCUGAUGGUGAUUACAUCCAAGUGAAGUACCCGGCUCUAUUGUGGCAACAAUUCGUAGCCUUACUGGUAAAAAAGCUCCUGUACAGCUACAGACGUCGCACGAUGUAUAUUAUAUUUGGUCUGGUCCCGGUUAUCGCAGCACUAUUUGCAAACCUCCUCUUGCUAGGACAGAAAAGGCUUGGUACGUCAGGACCGCCAAAAAUAAGGCUGAACUCGGAACUGUACAAAUCCAUGCGUGUGCUGUACAACGCAGCAGAAUCAAGUCCAUAUACUGCACAGAUGAAACAACUCAUUAGCCCGCAAGAGGCUUUGAAAAGCGCUCCCUAUGAUGAUAUUGAUACCUAUCUGCUGAGUCUCGGAAACAGAGAUAGAACGAAUUAUUUCUACAAUCAUAUGAUGGCGCUGGAUUUCAACGGGACUGAUAUUUUAGUCGCACACAAUCCGGUUGCAAUACACUCGCCACCCAUCUGCCUGAAUCUUGCCUAUAACCUCAUUCUGAAGAAUGCAGUCGGUAGGACUGUCUCGACACUGAAUCAUCCAAUAAGUCUUAUCAGAAGGGAUAUUUGUAAUGUGCGAGGUGACGCGGCUCUCCAGUACGUAAUAAUGCAAAUUUUCACGUGGUUCCAAUUUUAUGGAACUGCUUUCCUCGUCUUGACCGGCUCGUUCACUGCCAUGCCUGUCCUCGAGCGCACCAACAAUUCCAAGCAGUUGCAGCUAAUGACAGGCGCCUCCGCUGCCCUCUACUGGCUCACGAUAUUCAUCGUAGACUUUUUCUACUUCAUAUUCAUCACCGUCCUGUCCUUACUCAUAUUUGUCGCAUGGAACAACUUAAUAUUCCAGGAAUCCUUAAUUCUUUUCCUGAUCACGGCGGUUGCUGGGAUGAGUGGUAUACUGUUUGCCUACGUUGUGGUGUACUAUAAAAAGACAUACGCUGGGGCAUAUUCAUUUUACCUUAACCUGGGAUUAUUCCUUGGAACGUAUGGAUCUGUCAUCAUGUACGGUUUACUACAAGCAAACAUUGCAAUCAACGGCAAGUUGAUAAAUGGACCAUGGCUGGACAUUGCUGAUGCUGUUUUGCGGCUUAUACCUCAGUAUUCUUUCAUUAUGUGCCUGGUGAGCUUUGCGGUAACCACCUACCAGAACGGACUCUGCAGGAAAUGCGACAUCCCAAAUUGUAAAAUCCGCGACUUCUUUGAAACCCCUGGAGCAGGUAACGGACUGACAUACCACCUGAGUAGCCUUCUAUUAGCGGGUAUCCUGUACCUCGUAAUUAUCACUCUCGUGGAAUCUGGUAUUUUACAAAAGCUGUACAACCUUGCGUUCGUUUCAAUCGUGGGAGCAGACCUUGAAGAAAACCGGCGGGCAGACGAAGAUCCGGAUAUCCAAGAAGAGAGAGAGAGGGUUGACUCCGCCAGGAAUCAUCCAGAGCAUACCUCAGAGCAUGUGCUAUUGGUGGAGCGGCUGGUGAAGAAGUUCUCGCGAUCGUCGGUGGGGGUGCGCGGGGUGUCGUUCGGGGUGCGCGCCGGCGAGUGCUUCGGGUUGUUGGGCGUCAACGGGGCCGGCAAGACGACCACCUUCCGCAUGCUCACAGGCGACACGCUCCCAACGGCCGGCGACUGCUCUGUCCACUCCGUCCGACUCUCCAGAGACGCCCGCCGCUACUUGGCCCAGAUCGGCUACUGCCCCCAGGUCGACGGCAUUAACGAGUACCUCACAGGCCGAGAGCACCUACGCCUCUUUGCUCACCUAAGAGGCAUUCACAGAUCGCAAACAGAUCAAGAAAUCAAGAAAUGGAUGUCUGUGCUGGGACUGACAGAGUAUUCAGAGAAGCUUGUAGGAGCCUAUUCCGGUGGUAACAAGCGGAAAAUGAGCACUGCUAUGUCACUGAUUGGCGAUCCCAGCUUAGUCGUGCUUGACGAGCCAACCAGUGGUGUUGACCCGAUUUCAAGAAGAAAACUCUGGGAUAUUUUGAUCGAGGCAAGAAAAAGAGGUCAAGCAAUCGUGUUCACCUCCCACUCAAUGGACGAAUGCGAGACGCUCUGUGAUCGGCUCACGAUAAUGGCCGCUGGCAAGCUUAUGUGCAUCGGAAACGUGGAGUACCUGAAACAGCGUUACGCACAAGGCUACACGAUCCAGUUGAAACUGGGCAGCGCACCGCAAUUAGAAUUUGAUGCCGUGAAGCGGGCGGUGGAACAAGCAUUCGAAGGCGCUGUACUGAAGGAUCAGCACGCUGGGUCACUCAGCUACCAUAUCACAUCUCCCACGGUGGCGCUCUCUGAAUUGUUCACUAAAAUGCGAGAGAUCAAAGAAACUAUGAAUAUCGUCGAAGAUUACCAAGUUUGUAAUACGACGCUCGAGCAAGUUUUCCUGGCGUUUGCGAGAAGUGAGGCUAAAAUUAUUCAAGUUUAAGCUCACCUUGUUUACUCAAGAGGGAGUAGACACAGUCCCACACGCUUAUAGUCGUGGACAUGUGGAAUACUCUACGCAGUAAAAAUUGUUCUCGAUCUAAAAGAAAAACGUCAUUUCAGGCCUUAAUUUUUUACUUCCAUGAAAAAAAUUAGAAUAUUUUUAUAGUUUUAUUCUUUUCUAUGAGUAAGAUUUUCUUAGACUGUAUGACAGGGGAUUUAAAAUGAGGUAAAAUGUGUGAACGUUCCCCUUUUUCUUGCACCGUAUCUUCACCGGAAAUCUGUGGCAAGGCUCCCAAGUUGGCAAGAUUGUUUCUCACUCUCCCAUUUAAAUCUGUCAAAAUAACAGAUUUUAGUUCAGGCAGCCUACUUUGACAAAUAUAGAUUAAUUUAUCCGCAUUUAGGUAAAUGACCAAAAUCCUAUGUUGCCAGUUUGCGAGAGUCGUCAUUGUGUUUGGUAAGUUCGUCCGUCGAAGUAAAACGUUGAUAUAGUAUCAAACAUUAUAAAUAAUGAAACAUAUUUCCAGUACUUCCAACUUCCAUUCAAGUCAGGCGUUGUUAUUUUAGGCAACUCGUUCCGUGCGAUCAAGAUAGUUCACCCUCGCAUUUUGAUGAAUGCAACCUUUCAAUAUUUCAAUCGCUUCAACUGUUUCUUCAAGCCGUAUCAGUAUUGUAGGUAAACAAUUGUAUUACAUCUAUGCUCCAUAAUCCUAUUGAAUUAAAUCCAUAGUCAUAGUUCUCCUUAACUGGAAGAUUUUGUCAGGGAGCACCUAGUUUUCAAUUAUGAUUAAGGAAAGGUUGAGGAGGCUUUCGAUAUCGAAUGAAAUAAAUGACACAAUUUUAAUCUGAUUGAAGAAUAUUCAACUGUUUUAUCCCGCAAAUGGGCCAUUGCAAGGAUACCAAGGAUUUCCCAUCGGAUGGAUUUAAAGUUUGUACAUCAAUCAAAAUUCUAUACUUUCGACUCAUUUUAAAAUAGCAUUAGACUCGCCUUCUUUAAUGCAAUCGCAAUAUCUUUAUUGAUAAAAAUGUCUCUGAAGUCACGAAGCAUUGAUAUCUUUUGUAUACAUCCAUUUCAGAGGCAAUUAGGCUGAAUUUUACCAAGAUUUCUUCAAGAUUAGCCUAGGUCCGAAGAAAUAUAUUGUCGUAAUGACCAAUUCGAUGACAUGAAACAUGUUUUUAUGAAAAAUUCAUGUUUUAAUGAAAACCUGAAUAAAACUAAGUGUACUGACAAACACACAAAAAUAUCUACUUGCGUGUCAAUUUAUAACCAUUGUUAAUAAUUUAAAUGCCUCAAGGAUUUAAAUAUUGUGUGAACUGAGUGUAAUAUAUCUUCCAUGUCUUUCAUUUUUUUCAUUCAGUUAUCCUCCAAAA